AUACCUCUAAUUUAGUCUUAAGAAAGUUUUUGAAGAACGUCCUGACGAAAGUUUUGUUGACACAGUUUCGGGACAUCAUUGUGGCGAGGAUAACGCGAGAAUCUAGCAAUAGUUUAGUUACAAAAUGCAAUUCAACACUGCAAGUUUACAUCGUCCGUUGUUGUUGUUGUUGUUUGGACUUACAAAUUUUCCGUCUGCUCUCGACGAUUCGCGAGCGCGUAUAUACAUGUAUAUAUCGGUACCAUAAAAACUGUAACACUACGGAUAAACAACGAGUAAAAAGCAAUUACGGCGAAUAGAUCGAUGUCGGCGAGCCGUCUAGUCGCCAGUUCGAGAAUCAAACGUCCCAGAAAGCGCGCGGUGCGCAGGCGUGAAAGGUCUCCGCAGCGGCGCUCGUUUCCUUUUCCGUUCCUCGGCUGACCAAGAAGCAAGAUGGUGCAGCGUCUAACCUACCGACGACGGCUGUCGUACAACACAAAAAGUAACAGGAGACGAGUCGUCCGUACUCCUGGAGGUAAACUGGUCUACCAGUACCUUAAGAAGCCCAAGAAGAUCCCCAGAUGUGGUCAGUGCAAAGACAAGCUCAGGGGUAUCCAGCCGGCUAGGCCUAUGGAACGCUCCCGCAUGUGCCGCAGGAAGAAGACUGUCAAGCGUGUCUAUGGUGGAGUGAUGUGCCACAAAUGCGUCAAGGAAAGGAUUGUCCGUGCCUUCCUUAUUGAAGAACAGAAGAUUGUCAUUAAGGUUAUGAGGGCACAACAGGCUUCUGUCAAGACGAAAAAGGCAGAGAAGUAAUUUACCAACAUCUUUUACGUGUAAAGCUUAAAUAAAAAAAUCAAAAAACUGUA